AACCCCCGAUGGGCUCUGUCUACUUGUUGGAAAAGAAACGGAAGCGCGCUUUAAUUGCGUCAAAUCAGCUAUUUUUCAAUCUAGCGUUUAAAGUGAUCUACAGAUUAAGCUGUUUCACAUUGCCUCCUAAAUUAAAUGUUUAACUUCCUGUUCCCCAAGCUGGAAAGCUCGUAAAACGCGAGCCUCACCUACACGCAGUUGGCAUGCUAGCUACAUAACAAGCUACCACACGACCGCCAAUCAAGUAUCUGCCGAGUCAAGAAACAUUUCAGAAGCAGAUGAUGGAUACUAGCUAAACUGUGUGCAAGCGAAUAACGUCUGCUGAUGCAACAAUUUAACCAACGGUCAAAGAUAAUGAUAUCACCGAACAUUAGUUGUCAUGCUAACCCAGCUAGCCCAUCUAUACUAACGUUCCCCGUGAGGCACCAAUCAGCUUUAACCACAUUAUUGGGCAUAUUGCCUCUAUUAUGUAAUAAAUUAAAACUGAUCAACUCUUACUGCAAGUUUGAUUAAACUAACGUUUGGCAUGUUACGUCGUUGCUGGAAUAAUACAGUUUCCUUCAAACAUAUUCCAAAAGGGAUACAUAGCGUUAAUUAGCCAACCUGCUAAGUAGCGUUAGCUACACGCAUUGACAGAUCGGCAGGCAGGCGAAACCCUGCGUCCUGUGUCCACGGCACUGCCCUUUUCACACUAUUCAGUGAGACAGGACGGAUAGCAGUGAAAGAGAAAAGGAGACAACAGGAAAGCAAGGCGAUGACAGCACAACAAGACACGGAAGAUGCCAGUGAAACAGACCUUGCCAAACACGACGAGGAUGACUAUGUCGAAAUCAAAGAGCAAAUGUACCAAGACAAACUGGCCUCUCUGAAAAGACAGUUGCAGCAAUUACAAGAAGGUACAUUGCAGGAGUAUCAGAAGAGGAUGAAAAAGCUGGACCAGCAGUACAAAGAGAGACUCCGAAAUGCAGAUCUCUUUCUCCAGCUUGAGACAGAGCAGGUGGAGAGGAACUACAUCAAGGAGAAGAAAGCAGCGGUGAAGGAGUUUGACGAUAAAAAAGUGGAACUGAAGGAAAACCUAAUUGCAGAGUUGGAGGAGAAGAAAAAGAUGAUCGAGAAUGAAAAAUUAACAAUGGAGCUGACGGGAGACUCAAUGGAGGUAAAACCUAUAAUGACUCGGAAGCUGAGGAGACGGCCCAAUGACCCGGUCCCAAUACCAGACAAACGGAGAAAACCUGCACCAGCUCAGCUAAAUUAUUUGUUAACAGAUGAUCAGAUAAUGGAAGAUCUAAGAACACUUAAUAAGCUUAAGUCACCAAAAAGGCCAGUGUCUCCCACGACUCCAGAGCACGUCCCCUCCGCCCCCAUGGAGAGCCCCUCCCAGCGGUACGAGGCUCGCAUCGAGGAGGGGAAACUCUACUACGACAAAAGAUGGUACCACAAGAGCCAGGCCAUCUACCUGGAGUCAAAGGACAACACAAAGAUUAGCUGUGUCAUCAGCUCAGUGGGGACCAACGAGAUAUGGGUGAGGAAGACGAGCGACAGUACAAAGAUGAGGAUCUACCUGGGUCAGCUGCAGAGGGGAGCGUUUAUCAUACGUCGAAGGUCGGCUGCAUGAAACAUCGCCCCGCCUCUCCCCAUCUGUCCAUUCAUCCAUCCAUCCAUCCAUCCAUCCACCCGCCUUCCUUAAUGGUGCAUCUCAGUUUUACUUAUUCUUCAUCAUAGACACUACCCCCUUAUGACACAAACAUACACACACAGUCUUCUGUGAUCAAGAACAAUUGCAUCUGUUUCCUACAACCAAAUGACAGUACAGUUAAAGUUGUCAUAACUGACUGCUUUCCAGCAUUAUUUGUCACUAUGUGGCAUGUGUGUGAAGUGGUCAUAACAGAGCCUGCUUUAUUUCUGUCUCAUGCUGUCAACACAAAUGUUUUUUUAAAACACACAUUGUCAUUUACCUUUUAUAUAUAAGUUAUUUUUCCAUAUGUUGUUGGUCAAGUGGCCCCGCAGAAACUGUCUUCAAGCUUUUAAAACUCUCUAAUGUGAUGUGUAACUGGACUGAGACACAAAUUAAGAAUUACUUCAGGUUUAUCAUGAAUCAUGUGACCGACAGUUUUUCCCUACACCAGGAGUCAUGCCAUUUACAAAAGAAUAUGUCUUUUGCACUGUCAUAAAAAAAACGGCAUCUUGCUAUGCUGAUGUUCUUUUCCCUAAUAACUUGUUCAAAAGCCCAAUGUAUUAAAACCCCAAAUUUCUUAUUUGAAAAUGUAUUUUAUGGAUAUUCUGUUAUUUCUUUGCCAUUGUAUGCGAUCUCCUCCAUAUGUGAACCAUCUGGAAAAGUUCAGCUGUAUUUGCAUGUGGAGCGCUACGUUGACUGCUGAUUUCUACUGUGUUCCAUUUUAUUAAAAUGUUUUCUGCAUUUUAUUAA